AUGGAACCAUCUGGUUUGUUCUCGGACGUCUAUGGCGAAACCGACGAGGUUGCAGCUCGAUUUGAGGAAAGUGCCUCCACUAUCCUGUCUGCCCUUUCUGGAUGCCGUACUUCCCUGCAGCAAAUGCAAAAAAUGGUCUUUAUGUGGCACGAAGCAUAUAGGAACAUGGAAGAAAAAGCUUCACAGACAACCGAGGUUAACUACAAGCUGUGCUGCAAGAUCCGUGCCUUAGAGGAGUAUAUCGAAUCUCUCCAGUACCGGAUCUAUCACCCGACGGAGUGUAGCAUGAGUGACCAUGCCCUUGCCCGGUGGAGGGGCUACCUGGGAGACUCACAAGUCAGUGCUCAAUACCUGUAUGGCAGUCAGCGACUCAAGGAGUUGUUCAAUGAAUCAAGCCAGACCGUUGGUAUCGGGGACAGCAAAAUCUGUCUCCCUACCUUGUGCAACUUAUGCAGUCGAUUUCUCUCCAUGACUACCAACAAUGCCGAACUCGGCCGUCCUGGAUAUGUCUGUACAACACUGGCAACGGAACAUGAAAGCCAAAUGUCCCGGAAGAUGUUAAGGCUUUAUCUUCCUUCUGGUAGCUGA